UUGGUUGACUUCAGACUGCUGUGCCAGCAGCGAGAAUUUCAAGCCAGUGGAUUUUAGCUUGCUGGACUUUGUGGGGGUGGGACCCAGUGAGCAAGACCACCUGGCUCCUUGGCUUCAGCCCCUUCCCAGGGGAGUAAAUAGUUCCGCCUCACUGGUGUUCCAGGUGCCACUGGGGUAUGAAGAAAACUCCUACAGCUAGCUCGGUGUCUGCCCAAUCAGCUGCCCAGAUUUGUGCUUGAACACAGGGUCCUGGUAGUGUAGACACACAGGGGAAUCUCCUGGUCUGCAGGUUGCAAAAACCGGGGUAAAAGUGUGAUAUCUGGGCCAGAUAGCACAGUCCCAUUGUGGCUUCCCUUGGCUAGGGGAGGGAGCUUCCUGACCCUUUGCACUUUCCAGGUGAGGCAAUGCCCCACCCUGCUUCUGCUCACUCUCCAUGGGCUGCACCCACUCUCUAACCAGUCCCAGUGAGAUAAACCAGGUACCUCAGCUGGAAAUGCAGAAAUCACCUGCCUUCUGUACUGGUCUCGCUGUGAGUUGCAGAUCAGAGCUGUUAUUCAACCACCUGCUCAGAUCCCCAUGAUCUCUGUCUAUUAAACAGUGCAGCAGAGAGAAAUCAGAGGAAGGGGAAAAAAGCAGGUGUCAUUAGAAUACUUGGAAUAGUAGUAAAAACUUUGGAGAAUUGUGAUAACUUAAAAGAAACUCAGAAGUCUAAAUUAGAUGUCAUUGUUAACGGGUUGAUUAAACAAGGGGGAAAUUGACAAUGAUCCCAGUGUUAGGCCUUCAUUAUUUAUUUAUUUAGAGACAGGGCUUCACCAUGUUGGCCAGGCUGGUCUCAAACUCCUGACCUCAGGUGAUCUACCCACCUUGGCCUCCCAAAGUGCUGGGAAUAUAGGCUUGAGUCACCAUGCCUGGCCUUUGCCUUUAUUUUUUUAUGCAGGUCUCAAAUUGGCUCCUGCUUUGGUGGAGUGAUAAUUUGAGGCCAAGGAUGGGUCUUUAAUCUGCAACAAAGAUGGCGUGUUUGUGCUGAAAGUUCAAGGACGUUCUAAGAACGCACACGUCUGGGGCUGACUGUCCGUGCGACACAGCAGUAACAGUGGCAUCAUGGGACAGGAGGCCUGGAUGAUUGUGGGCCUUGAAGAUGACUUCCCACACCCUGAUUUGCGUGGCAACAUGUGACUUGUAAAAAGUGGAAGCUUUAUGAUUUAGUCUGUUUGUGUUGGUAUAACAAAAGAUAUGAGAUCGGAUAAGUUACAAACAGUAGAAACUUAUUUCUAAUGUUCUAGAGGCCAGGAAGUCCAUGAUGAAGAUGCUGUUCUGUUCCAUAUAUGGUAAGAGCCCAACGUCUCCUUCCAAUACAGCAUCUUGUUGCUGCAUCCUCUGCAAGAGAUGGACACUGUGUCCUCACAUGGUAGAAGAAUGGAAGGAGUCACCUAGUUCUUUCAAGUCCUUUCAUAAGGUCACAAUCCCAUUUAUGAGGGCCCUGUCAUAUAUUAGUCACUUCCUAAAGGACCCAGCUGUAAAUACUAUCACAUUGGCAAUUAAAAUUCAAUAUACAAAUCUAGAGGAGAUACAUUCAGAACAUUCAAUUUCACAAGAUCAAGAAAGAAUAUGGGACAAGGGUAAUCUUGGUGUAGCCUAACUCAUGCACUGCUGCAAGAGACUUUGGGAAUAUUUUUUACUUUGAGUCACAGAGCCAAGCCAGAGACAAGAAAAAAUGCAAGAGUGAAGGAAAGCCUAAAAUAUUCGCUGUGAAGACCUAGGAUGUUACAGGAUAUUGUGACCCAUUGACUAAUAUUUAUUCUGUACAAUGCACUGACUUCCAAGAAAAGUAGCAGAAAAAGAAUUUUCAGAUAAUAGAUCCAAAACCAUAGAAACAAAUUAAUAUUGACUAGUUGAGUAUUUCAACAGUAAAUAAGAAAGGAAAUAUCUUUAUUUUGGUCAUAUUGGGUAGUUUUAGUAGAUAGAUAAAGGCUUACUCAAUCAAGUACUACAGAGCUAAGUGAAUGGCAAAGAUUUAAGUCUAAGAAAUCUCCUUUUACUCAGGGGUCCCCAAGAAUGACGUCUGACAGUGGCAGACUCAUGAGAGAACUAUGCCACCAGCCACGUCCCACAGAUAUGACCAGACCUAGGCAGACUUUGCUUUCCUCUGGCCUGUUCUCCAACCCUCUUACUCUUGUCCUCCAUCAGGAAUCAGCCUCACAGACAGUGGGACUUGGUGCCCUUUCUAGAGCUUUACAAGUCCACUUUGGAAAUGCACUUCUAGCUCAUAGAACUAUUUGUCACAUACCACUUUUCUCACUCUCUUUCCAUUUGUGUUAAAUUCAUAACUGGUCUCAUGAUUUUCCUCACAUCAGAAAAAGGUAAGAACAUCUCAGUACUAAAUGUUCUUUGUGGUUAAGUAACAAGUAAAGCCUUGAAGAUAAGACUUGAAAUCAGAGAAAACGUAAGUAGGAUAACAUCCACCUCUCUAAACACCCAAUCACAGUCUUACGUCAUUUUUUUUCAUGCUUUUAUGCUGGCUAGUAAUCGUGUUGCAAAAUUUCCCAAAGUUUUUUUUAUUACAGGGACUUUAAAGCAGGCAUAAUGGCUCCUUAAGGUCAUCUUCAUCUUUUCAACCCUGAAAUCACCAGCUGAUGACUUGUGGGGGUCAACAGAGAUUGGUUUGGGCCCUCUCCUGGGUCACCCUAGAAUCAGAUCUGCUCCCCAGCAUCUUCUGUUUCCUGCUACCUUGGAUUGGCCAUGACGGGCUGGAGCUGCCUUGUGACAGGAGCAGGAGGGUUUCUGGGUCGGAGGAUCAUCUGCCUGUUGCUGAAGGAGAAAGAGCUGAAGGAGAUCAGGGCCUUAGACAAGGCCUUCAGACCAGAACUCAGGGAGGAAUUUUCUGAGCUCCAGAAGAAGACCAAGCUGACGAUGCUGGAAGGAGACAUUCUGGAUGAGCCAUGCCUGAAGACAGCCUGCCAGGACGUCACGGUCGUCAUCCACACGGCCUCUGUCAUCGAUGUCUUUGGCGCCGUUCACAGACAGUCCAUCAUGAACGUCAACGUGAAAGGUACCCAGCUCCUGUUGGAAGCCUGUGUCCACGCUAGUGUGCCAGUCUUCAUCUACACCAGCAGCGUAGAGGUGGCCGGGCCCAGCUCCUACAAGGAAGUCAUCCAGAACGGUCAUGAAGAUCAGCCUCUGGAAAGCACAUUGUCUGCUCCCUAUCCACACAGCAAACGGCUUGCUGAGAAGGCUGUGCUGGCGGCUAAUGGGUGGACUCUGAAAAACGGUGGCACCUUGUACACUUGUGCCUUAAGACCCAUGUACAUCUAUGGGGAAGGAAGCCCAUUCCUUUCUGCCACAGUAAAUGAAGCCCUCGACAACAGGGGGAUCCUGCCAAGUACUGGCAAGUUCUCCACAGUCAACCCAGUGUAUGUUGGCAACGUGGCCUGGGCCCACAUUCUGGCCUUGAGGGCCCUGCAGGACCCCAGGAAGGCCCCAAGUGUCCAAGGACAGUUCUAUUACAUCUCAGACGACACACCUCACCAAAGCUAUGAUGCCUUUAAUUACAGCCUGAGCAAAGAGUUCGGCCUCCGCCUUGAUUCCAGUUGGAGCCUUCCUCUAGUCCUGAGGUACUGGGUUGCCUUCCUGCUGGAAGCAGUGAGCUUCCUGCUCAGCCCAAUUUACACCUAUCGACCCCCCUUCAACCGGCACACAGUGACAUUGUCAAAUAGCACGUACACCUUCUCUUACAAGAAGGCUCAGCGAGAUCUGGCAUAUAAGCCGCUCUACAGCUGGGAGGAAGCCAGGCAGAAAACCAUGGAGUGGGUUGGUUCCCUUGUGGACCGGCACAAGGAGACGCUGAAGCCCAAGACUCAGUGAUUUAAGGAUGACGGAGAUGCCCACAUGGGAGGAUGUUAUCAAGCUCCAUCCUCCUGGCUUCACACAGAAGGUGACAGGAGCACACGCCCAAGUCCUGCUGCUCCUUUCACACAAUGGCCAAAUUGUCUUCCUCGUGUCAUCAAAACCUGCGCAGUCACUGACCCAACCAGAAGCUUUCUGUCCUAACCAUACACCGGAGGACAGAGAGCUUUCUGUCCAAAUCUCAGUGACUGAUUCUGAACAAUUGUGGUCUCUUUUAACUUGAGGGUCUCUUUUUACUACUAGAGCUCCAUUUCUCCUCUUAAAUGAGAGAGCAUUUCUUUUCUUUUAAAUCUCUUCUUUCUUCACACAGUUCAAUGAGAAGAACAAUAAAUGUUUUCAUGCUUGA